UCCGAGCAGCCCCAUUAAUUGAUUGCGCGCACCCUUUUUCUUUGGCUGCUGCUCAGCUCAUUCACAUAGCCAUAGCUAGUACAAUAAUAUAAUAAUCCAGCAGCAGACUAUCUAGUCGGCAGUAGCAGACUAUCUAAUGGCUGCUCCUAGCGGCGGCAGCUUAGUGGCUCUGUACGUGACCAUCUGCUCCCUUGUGUUCAUCGCCUCCAAGAUGCUCAUCUCCUUCCUGCUCUACAAGAGGUGGGCGCGCAAGAAGCGGAUCAUCGACAACAGCCUGGCCGGCGGCAAGCUGGUGAUCUUCCGCUCCGGCGGCGGCGGCGGCAAGACGCUGCAGUCGCUGAGCCCCAAGUCGUUCCUGGGCAUGCUCAUGGGCCUCUCCAGCAAGGACGUCAUCGGCGCCGGCGGCUACGGCACCGUGUACCGCCUCCGCCUCGGCGGCGGCGACGACAAUAAUAAUAAUAGUAAGCAGCAGGAGGCGGCGGCCUUCGCCGUGAAGAGGCUCAACCGGGGCAGCGCCGACCUGGACCGCGGCUUCGAGCGCGAGCUGGACACCAUGGGCGACAUCAAGCACCGCAACAUCGUCCCGCUCUGCGGCUACUACGCGGCGCCACACUUCAACCUGCUCAUCUACGAGCUCAUGCCCAACGGCAACCUGCAGGACGCUCUGCGGCAGCAGCAGCGGCAGCAGGUGUUGGACUGGCCGGCUCGCUACCGCAUCGCCCUGGGCGUUGCUCGCGGCCUCUCCUACCUCCACCACGACUGCAUCCCGCACGUCAUCCACCGCGACAUCAAGUCCAGCAACAUCCUCCUCGACCGCGACAUGGAGGCGCGCCUCUCCGACUUCGGCCUCGCCACGCUCAUGAGGCCCAACGCCAGCCACGUCACCACCGUGGUCGCCGGCACCUUCGGCUACCUGGCGCCCGAGUACUUGGACACCGGCCGGGCCACCACCAAGGGCGACGUCUACAGCUACGGCGUCGUCCUGCUGGAGCUGCUCACCGGGAAGAGGCCCACGGACGAGUCCUUCCUGGAGAAGGGCACCAGGCUCGUCACCUGGGUCAAGGAGGCCAUGGAGGACAAGCGGGAGGAGCACGCCGUCGACGAGGCUCUGCUGCAAUGUCAUCACCGCUGCGGCGGAUUGCUGCCCCUGCCCGCCGACGAGGUCAAGCUGGUCUUCGCCGUGGCGGACAAGUGCCUCGACUCGGAUCCGGACAGCAGGCCAACCAUGGCGCAGGUGGUCAAGAUGCUCGAGCAAGGGAAUUCGAAGCCUGCUGCUGCCGCACUAUAGCUACCUAGCUAGCAUCUUCAUAUCAUAGUAUAUACUAGCUUAAUUAGCUUAGCUAGCUGCCUAGCUACAAGAAGAUCACAUAUAUAUCUGAUAGCAGCGAGAGGAGCUUAAUAUAUAUACUAGAAACCUGGCGCGGCCUUUGGUGUGGCUUAGCCAGUGUUAAGCAUCAUAGUACUAUUUCACAUUUUGGAGGUGACUUAGUUUUUUUUUUUGAAGUUUGAACAGAGCUAUGCACAUUGGACAUCAUAUAAAUUAAUAAUAAAGGGCCUUUCUGGCCGGCGUACUCGGGCU